AUGUCAUCAAGGGAAAUCGAAAGAAGAAUACUUCGAUUAGCAAUUGAUUCAAUUAGUUCCUAAAUUUCUGCUUUAUCUAAGUGCCUAGAAAUGACUAGUAAAAAUCUUGAUAAUAGCGGCUAUACAGGCUAUGUCGGAAGCAUUUAGAAUUUCGCUCCGAGUUUCUUUGAUCAUGUAAAUAAAAAUGCUCAUUUAGAGGUGGUAAACAGAGUAUAGCAAAUGUAGGUUCUUUUAACUAAAAUAAGAAAUAGAGGAAUGGAUAUAGAAACUUUAACCAGUGGCCCUGGUAUAGUAUUUACUUAUAAAGAUCUAAAUGAGUGCCUAUAACAAUUUUGUAAUGAUGCCAUAUCUUAUUCAGAGAAGGAAUUAAGAUUAAGAACCAACUCUUUUACUUAGAUAGUUAGUCAAUAGAAGCAUUUAAUAUACAUAAAAGACAGAAGGAUUGAAGGACUUAAGAGAAGAGUUAAACUGAUUUACGAUAAUAUUACUAGAAUUGUCAAUUCUAGAGUUUACGAAAAAGGGAAUUCUCUUAUAUUUGAAUUGGACCGAAGCUUAAGAGAAAAGAAGUUUUAUCAGGAUCACAUUUUUGUUUUUGAAAAAGAAAUGAAGGAGUUUGUUAGAGAAGAGUUUAGACUAAUGCUACAAAGGAAAGAUCUAGCUUUAGAUAUCCAAAAAAAGAUGAUGAAAGACGUUGGUAAUUAACUUGUAACUGAGGUAAAGGCACACGUCCUCAAUGAAUAAAAGAGAAUUAAGAAAUAAAUUAAACAAACAGCUAGGAAAAUGAGAGAUCUUGAUAGCUUCAAGCCUAAGUAAAGAAAUUUUUAUCAAAUAUAAAGUCAGAGUGAUAAUAAUGGUUUUUCUUAGAUUGAGGGGAAGAAUAAAACUCUUAAAAAUAUAGAAAAUGAUGAUUUAAUGAAUCCAAAUGAUUGGGUCGUUUCACCUGAGGAGGCUACACUUGAAAUGCUAAGAAUGUAAGAUCUGCUUGUUAAACAGAGAUCACUUUGGAUGCUAAAAUUUUAAACGUAGUAAAAGAAAUAUGAAGAUUAAAUUGAACUUCUAAAGAAUAAACUUACUUCCAAUACAGCACUAUGGGAGCAACUGUAAGAAUCAGAUAAACGAUCUAAAAUUCUUUAACAAGAGUUGACUUUUACCUAAAAAUCUCUAUCAUAAUGUGAAAAGAUUAUUGAAAAAUUGAAAGAAGAGCUAAAAUAGUCAGAAUAAGAAAGAGUAAGACUCUUCUAAUACAAAUAAAACAAGGCACAAAGAUUAGAGGAACUAGAGCAUCAGGUGAAAAAGAUAGAUAUUAGUGAGCAUAUAAACAUCACCAAAGUUAUCGAUAUGCUGAGUACAAAAGAUAAAGAACUAAGCCAGCUUAAGAAAAAUGAGAAGAAUUUCGAAGAGCGAUUAUAGUAGAUUCAAUUUAAGACAUAAAAGGAAAAGCAUAGAAUGCAUUAAAAAUACGACAAAGAAGUUGAGAUGAAAAGUUAGGCUAUCAAUCAAAUGAAUAAUCUCAAAAAUGAAUUAUAAGGAUUUGAAUUAAACAGUGGUGAUAAAGAUUAGGGAUUAUGGAGAAAUAAAUGUAAAGACCUCCUGGAAAUAUGUCAAAAUUUGACGGAAGAAAAUUUUGUAUUGACAUAGAAACUAAAAGAAUAAGUUAUGGAAUUUAAUUCUAUCCCGCUGACAAAUUAAAAAUCUUUGGAGGAUUUUACCUAGCAUUAAUAGCCAUAAAUUGCUAAGAAAUCUAGGAAUAAAUUACUUGCAAAAGAAGAUCACACACUUGAUAGUAAUUUAUUUGCAUCUGAUAACUCAGCUUAUAAUAUUCUCCCAAAUAUUAAAUAGAGUAGCUCUAUCAUAAACUAUAGCUCGUAAUAAUACAAACAUAAUGAUCUACUAAGUAGCUCAUUUUUACAUAAUGAAUCUAUCAAUAGCUCUUAAAUACCUAUAAAUUUAGCAGCUGGUUCAGGGAUUACUGGUAUGCUUAUUAACAACUCAAUAAAUAUGGGGAGAUAGGAAGGUUCUCCAUUCAAGCAACCUAAAUCAGAAAAUUCAGAAUACUAAUAGACUGAUCUAUAAAAUAGUAUGAGUUCAUUUUACAACAGCAAUCUAGUCGGGCAAAUAUCUUAAAUAAAACCAAUAAAGUAGAUAAUGGGAGGUAAUCAAUAUUAACUUCUAAAUUCUGCUAAGACACAGCUUAAAAGUACUUAAUAGCUCAAAAACAGAUAAAUUUAGAAGCGAAAUAUUUCUACUAAUAGUUAUAGCAACCAUUUAAGCGCUUAUGACAUUGGAAAUGGAUAGCAUUCUACAUCAAUAAGUGCUUUGAGCAAUAACACUAGUGAUAGAAAUGCUUAUGGACUGACCAAGAUAAGAAAUGAUCCAUCAAUGUCAAGAGAAAUUUACCAAAGAACUGAAAGAAAUUUGAGUACUGCAGAUAAUAAAAAGCUAUCACAAUACGAGGACUUUUCUUUAAGAGGCCAUACUUUGAGGAAGAAACUAUGA